UCCUAACAUUUUCAGUCUCACUUAGAAUUACUUUCAUAUAUUUAUUUAUUACUUUAAUAUAUUUAAGUUAAAUAUUUGUUGUAGUUGUUUGCAUUUAGCGUUUGUUGGUUGUGUCGGUGAUAAUGAUGAUGAUGAUGAUAUGACACAGUUGCUGUAGCAACAGAGAACUUCCUUCAACUUUAUGUGAAUUCUGCGUGAACCAAGACGAAAGCUGGCAUUCAGAUGAAAACAAGAUCAGGAUAGAGAGUUUUCUACAAGCCAACUAUCAUUCAAUGAUGUCUGUUGAAAUACCCAUGGAGAGAACGUACCAGAAUCCAAAUCAACCAGUUUCCUCUUCAGGAUCUAUCUUAGCCAGCUCUGGAAUCAGUGGGGUGGAGCAACAAGGGGACAGACUGGGCCUCCAGGCCUCUCAGGGUGAACCAGUGGCUCCAGAUGAUACACACAAGGUCAUUCAGCAGCAAAUUGAGCAGAUCCACAAGGUUCUACAGGAGCAGAGUAGACAGCUGACUCUUUUAGGAACAGUGUCUCUUGAAGGUCUGAUGCUUCCUGCCUACAUAUCCUUGCGGUGGAUUGGUUUGCUGCCUGAGCUGACAAACUCUGAGAAGAACAGUGAUGGAGCGAGGUGGUCACCAGAGAAGAGUUAUUUCUUGCAGGAAACUGAAAGCGUUUCCAGUAUGGACAGAAAUAAUUUGAAGGUCACUGACCAGCAGGAGCUCCAGCAGAGCACUUCGCUCAGCCCGCAGCAGCCCAGUGGGAAGUCUGGCAUCCAGAGGUGCAUCUCUGCCCCAUUUACGAUCUUUAAGGAUGAAGGAACGCAACAGUCUCUGAAUUUCCAACCUGAGCAUAGUCGAAGGUUUGGGACUUUACAAGACUUCUGCUCUGGUUUAUAUAAUCCUCAGAUACCACAGUGCAGUCAGAAAAAUACCCAAACUGAGGUCCAGGCUCAAGCUGAGGACUUUGGCCAUAUUUACAGUACAGAACAAACUUACUUCACAGAGCCUCUCCCGCUUCAACAUGACACUCCACCUUCCUCACAAGUCCAAAAUAAAGACAUCACAGAUAAAGGAGAAGAGAAAGUUGGACCAUUACAAGGCACAAAAUACAGAGCCACCAUGUCCAAAGGGAAUUAUGAUCUGAACAGUGGUAACCCUCAUUCAAGAGACCCAGAUGGCAGAGUUACCCAGCCACCCUCCAAGCUAACAGCCUCUGUUAGCAAGUCUUUCAGAGAACAAAGGGUGAAACACGCAGACAUGGAAAACAUGGAAACUCAAAAAACAACCCCAGAGGAUCAGCGUGAACAAUCCCUGCAUCAGAACAACUCACAGGUCUGGACACCCAAACAUCCCCGCACCGUGUAUGAAUCGAAUUUAGUGCAACGUUUCAACAUUUGUCCCCCUCGGAGCAACAAUAGCAUUUCCCCUCACGCAUGGAAAAAUCAGGAAGUUACUGUUAAUUUUAAAAGAGUGAAUGAAUGCAUAGAGAGAGUCUCGAGCUUGAACCAGGAAACUCUGUCCACAGGCUGUGAUGAAACAAAAGCACAUUUACAGCUUUGCCAGUACAGUAAGUCAAGACCAGGAGGCAACGCGGGCUCAGACUGGGCCAGAAUUCACAAACAAGCUUCAGCAACAGCAGCAGCAUUUUGUAUUAGUGCACCAAACAACACAAGUCAAGCUUCAACACCUCUGAAAAGAAGUACCAGUGGUAGCAGUAGGGGAGAUGAAGCUAACCCACUCCCAUCCCCUCCUCCAUACCCUGGCCAUCAGGAUUCCCAUUUAGACCUGCUAGAGGAUGACAAUGCCAGUGACACUCCCAGUGACCCUGAGGAGGGCUGGAUGUUACUGGGGAUGCAGAAACUGAAACAGGGUCGGAGACUUGGAUCUGGACUAGGACCUCAGCGAAACUCGUCUUCCUCCAGCUUGAACGGAGAGAACAGAACUAAGGAUCAUUGUAAUGAGCUACAGGAUGACUCCUGGUGCAAAAUCCAGUCCAGCACAUCUGUCAAGACCUCAUCUGCAGAGGACAGGACAAAAUCUCAGAGGAAGUACAACAAAGUAACAAGGAGAAACAAAGAAUGUCAGACCUCCUCAGAGCACCUAAGGACAUCUCACCGAGGUGGUGAGAAAAUGUUGAAGCUAAACUCACUGGAACCAGAAAGUGAACAAGAUGAUGAAGAGCACACAAAAAUGGCACAAACAUCAAGGGGAUUUCACAGAUAUAAUGUAGAUCUGAAAGAUGAGCUCAAGAGGUGUUUUAAUGGAGAUACCAUCCGCUCUGACAGAGAAGAGGGUCAGGCCACGAGAAAUCGACGCAGUCUGGACGAACUGAACUGCAGGGACAUACAGGCCCUCAGGCAGCAGAUGGCUUCCCUUCAGCAGCAGUUUAAGCAGAGAGAGAGUGAUUGGUGUGUAGUUCAAUGCCAGCUGGAGAAACUGGUCAGAGAAAAUGCUGAGCUGAAGGACAAACUCACAGUUAUGCCACAGUGCUGUGUGGUGACCGGCCGAUGUACUACACAAACACACACUGUGCACAAGGAUCAACAGACAGAGACAGAGCAACUUCUGUCUAACAGGUGCAGCCUGGUGACUUUCACUAAUGGGACAAGGAAAGUCAUUUCUGCAGAUCAGAAGACAAGAACAGUCACCUUCUUCAAUGGAGACAUCAAACACAUUUUGGAAGAUGGGAAAGUGGUGUACUACUAUGCUGGUUCACAGACAACACACACCACCUACCCAAGUGGUCUAGAGGUCCUUCACUUCACAAACAAGCAGAUUGAGAAGCGACAUCCUGGGGGACAGAGAGAGAUUUUAUUUCCAGAUCAAACCAUCAAGUAUUUGGAACCUGAUGGCAGCGAGAGGACAAUCUUCCCUGAUGGAACUGUCAUUCACCUUUCACCGUCCGGUGAGAAGUUGGUAGAAUUCCCCAGUGGUCAAAGAGAAAUCCACACUUCCCACUAUAAGAGGACAGAGUAUCCAGAUGGGACAGUGAAAACUGUCUACCCCAAUGGACGACAGGAAACCAAGUACGCAUCAGGCAGAGUACACAAAAAGGAAAAGCAUGGAGUCGCAACUUAAAUGAUUGUGUGUUCAUAUGUGCAGGUGGCGUGUGCAAUGUGUAUGUUUGUUUAGAGGCACAGUGCUGGGAGGAGAUAUUUAAAAAAAAAGUUUUAGGUAGGGAUAAGUAAUGCCACAGGCGUAAUCAUGGACCAGUAAUCACAAAUCGUAGAUAUAAGAAUGGUGAAGUGAAGUCCUCUAUAGUUCCACUUCCUUCGAUGUAAUAGAUACUGAAUAGAAACAGAAAAUAGAAAUAGAAACCCAAGUCU